CUCCUCUUCUUCACUCAUCUUCACUCUGUACAGUCACAGAUAAAAGACAGUUAAAUGGCUUCAGACCUCUCCACCAUUCUUCCAAGGGUCCUCAUUGUCUCCCGACGAACCGUUCGCAAGAACAAGUUUGUUGAUUUUGUGGGUGAAUAUCAUCUCGAUCUCAUUGUAAGUUAUGGGGCUGUGCCGGUAAUUGUCCCUAGAGUUGCCGGAGUUCAUACUCUGUUGGACAGUUUUGAGCCAAUCCAUGGAGUUCUACUCUGUGAAGGUGAAGACAUUGACCCUUCACUCUAUGACGCCGAGCUCUCUGGCCUUUCAUCCGAGGAGCUAGAAGAGGUCAGGAGAUCCCAUGUGAGUGAUACAGCCAUUGACAAAGAGAAGGACACCAUUGAACUGAGGCUUGCGAAGCUCUGCCUUGAAAGGAACAUACCCUAUUUGGGGAUUUGUAGGGGUUCACAGGUCCUUAACGUUGCUUGUGGGGGAUCCCUUUACCAAGACAUUGAGAAAGAACUCCCCAAGAAUAUCCCAGAAGGAGAGAGAGUGGUACACAUUGACUAUGAUAACUACGAUGGGCAUCGUCACAAGGUGAAGGUAGUGGAAAAUACCCCAUUGGAUGCCUGGUUCAGAGAUUCUCUGGAGGAAGGGAAGAUGGAGAUUUGGGUCAAUAGCUACCAUCAUCAAGGUGUGAAAAGAUUAGCCCAAAGAUUUGUUCCAAUGGCUCUCUCUCCAGAUGGUUUGAUUGAAGGGUUCUAUGAUCCUGAUGCUUAUAAUCCCCAAGAGGGUAAGUUCAUAAUGGGACUCCAAUUCCAUCCAGAACGUAUGAGGCGCCCUGGUUUGGAGGAUUUCGAUUAUCCCGGUUGCCCAUCAGCAUAUCAGGAAUUUGCGAGGGCAGUGAUUGCUUACCAGAAGAAACUGAAUAGCUCAAUAAGUAUGCCAAGAGGUCUGAAGCUUGACCAAGAGAUGGAAAAGAAAAGAAGCAUUAUCGUUCGAAGUUUCUCCAUUGCAAAAGAGAUGUACACUGCAGGGCGUGAAAUGCCUCCAGAUAAGUGUGACCUUGAAGCUGGAGCUGAAUUUCUCCAGUCAAAUACAGCUUUGAGUACACAACAAGAGAAGAGGUUGAAACAGAUGGGAGCAACAGUUAGGAAUGCUCAUGCAUAUCUAGAGAGAUUGAAGUUGAAUGAGGAGAGGGAGAAGCUAGCCAGGAAAGUAAUGGGGAAGAUGUCAAUAGAGCAAUUGUCUGAUCUUGUGUCCUUUUAUCAUAUGAUGGGGACAAUCUGUUCAGAGGUUUUAGAGAAGAAGGUCCAGUGCCUUCUCUCAACUGAGAAUUAAUUAUCUG